AUGCCUUCGCCAUCCAGUGACCACAUGAGGCCGGGCACUGUCCUGCAACAGGAGGAACUCAGGGUCCACUGCACCAGUGUAACGUCUGACAAUGGGUCUGAGGGUUUCAUCCCUGUACUUAACAGCAGUCAGGAUCGCAGUAGCUACACCACCAAGAGAAAGGCCAGCACUGAAAGUGCGACACAUGGUAAGAAGAAGAGGGGUGACAACACUGACUCCAACACCGGGGAACCCACCAAGAUGUCAGUGGAGGACAUCAGAGAGACUGACAAGGAGGAGGCUGCGAAAUUUGAGGAAAAGUACCUGCAGCUUAAAACCUUCUGGUUUGAACUUAAAAAGCUCGUAGGAGGCUUUGGAUCAGUGUAUGCUGGGAACAUAAAAACUGAUCAUUUACCAGUGGCCAUCAAACACAUCCCCAAAGUUGAUGUGGAGAGUCGACCAAUGGUCUUUAAUGGGAGGACACACAUGGCAGAGGCACUCCUCAUGUUGAGAGCAGGAGGUGAACCAGCGUCUGCGGCCGUGUCAUUAAUAGACUGGUAUGCUCUGGACCAGGAGGUUCUCCUGGUCAUGGAGAGACCAGUCCCCUGUGUGGACCUGUCAACAUAUGUGGUUAACAACAAUGGUCUACUGAGGGUAGACCAGGCCAAGAACAUCAUGAAGCAGCUGGUGGAAGCAGCCAUCAAAAUGCACUCUGAGGCGGUCUUCCAUCGCGACAUAAAGACAGAAAAUGUCCUUGUCGAAACCAACUCCAAUGUCCCUCGAGUGCGGAUCAUAGACUUUGGAUGUGGCUGCUACAUGAAGAAGAGGCCAUACCGCCACUACUCUGGAACUGCUGGGUACGCUCCUCCAGAGUUUUAUUCACAGGGUAAAUACGAGGCCCUACUUUCUACACUGAAUAACAAAAAAAUGUAG